CUGCUUCUUCUCCCCCACCCACCGCCGCCUUCUCUCCAACCGAACCUCUCGCGCCAUGGCGUCGCGGAUCCUGGCCCGAUCCAAGGCCCUGCCCCUCGCCGCCGCCCUCACCCGCGCUGCCGCCGAUGCCGCGCCGGCCCUCGCCGGCACCCGCGCUCUAUCGUCCCUGCCCCGCUACCCGGGCGCCCCGUGUCAGCAUGGGCUCGGCAAGGUUCUGGGAUUUGAACCAACAUCUCGCCUCAGUGAAGCACAUUUUUUCCCUCGUUGGUUUUCCUCUGUAGCGUCCAAUGGAUCCCCCAUGCAGAAGUCACAGAUCCCAGAGACAAACAAGUCAGGUGCUGAAUUGAAACAGUCCAGUGCACAGAAAUCAAGCGAGGGAGCCACACCAAAGGUUGUGGCCUUCAGCCCGCUAGAUGCAGCUAUCGCUAAACCUAGAAGCAGCCCCUUAACAAUUGAGAGCUCUAAAGUGAGGCGAUCGGAGAUAGCAACCCAAGUCACAUUUUACAUGAUCCCAGCUCUGCUUCUCGUCUCCAAGAACAGCAUAAGCACCUCUCUCCUGGUCAGCGCGGUGUUCCAUCAAGUGUACAUGUUCCACAAGGAGAUCCUUCUGGACUACGUGCACCAUGAUAUCACAAGAAAGUGGUCUUUGAUAUACUUCAAGCUGCUUCUGCUGGUGAUGGCGAAGGACACCAUCAUGUACUUCAAUUUGUUCUAAGCUUGCUCGUUUAGUUUCUCAAUGGACCCGCAAUGCACUCAUCUGUACACCGAGGGAAUAAUGAUGAUGGAUGAAGUCUGGAGCUCUUGUUCUACUUUUCUCCUUGAACUUGCUUCUGGAGCGCUGAUUCUUGUAUCAUGCUUUGAUGAACUUCCACAUCUGUUUUGCUGCUGCAGCUUGCUCUCUUUUUAAGUUUUUUUUUUUGGAUCAAAAGGGGUUGAUUAGCGACCAAUCAGAUGAUAUCCCUGAUCAGACAACAAGGCCAGUGUAGUGUGCCUUUGUAAUAAUGGUAUAAAUAACAUUUGCUAGCCUGUUAUUAAGUUGCAAUGGUUUAUGCCCCAUGCAUGCUUAUCGUCAUACUAUUAGACGAUCAUGCUGUUUUAUGUUGCUGGGAGAAUAAUCUGUUUACGCCUCAUUUGCUCA